AUGCUCCUGGACACUCACAUCCACCUCUGGCCCACCUCCGCCUGCACCUCCUCCUCCCACACCUGGAUGACCCCCCAAGCGCCCCCAAUCCCCCAUCCCCUCGCCACCCGCCACGGCAUCUCCGACUACAACGCCGCCGUCACCUCGUCCUCCCCAGCCGCCCAGCCAUCCGCCUUCAUAUACGUCGAAACUGACCGCGCCCUCCCCACGCCCUCCCCACCCAUCGACUCCUCCGCUGCGGCCUUCAGCAUCCGCCGCGCGCUGGAGAAAUGGUCCGCGGAACCGCUCGACGAACUGCGCUUUCUGCGGCGGAUAGUAGAGGGGACGCCGGUGGGGGAGGGCGACGGCUUCGCGGCGGGCGAGGGGGAUAAGCUGGUUGGGAUCGUGGCGUGGGCGCCGCUGCAUCUCGCGCCUCGGGUGUUCGAUCUCUACGUCCUUCUUGCGCGGGAAGUCGCUGGGCCGGAGACCUGGAGCCGGGUGGUGGGGUUUCGGUAUCUGCUGCAGGGGAUACGGGAUGAGAGGGCGUUUAGCAGGUUUGUGUGGGAGGAGUCGUGGCUGAGUAAUUUAGUGGGGUUGGGGAAGGCGGGGACCGGGCCGAGGAAUAGCGGGUGGACGUUUGAUGUUGGGGUUGAUAUGCGGAGUGGGGGCGUGUGGCAGCUGGAGAAGGCGGCGGAGAUGGUGGAGAGGGUGAGGAGGAUCGAGGCAGCGGAUGUGGGGAAUGGGGGAAGGGGGAGCGUGAGGUUUGUGCUGAAUCACCUUUGUAAGCCCGACCUCACCCUCACCGACCCUGCCUCCGACCCCGACGCACAGCGGUGGUGCACUGCGAUCUCGCGUCUCGCACGUCAACAGGACACAUACAUGAAGCUCUCUGGCGCUUUCUCUGAGUUCGGUACUAUAACACCCUCACCCGUGGAAGCCAUCGCCGAGCGGCUCCGCUGGUGGGUGCGGCAUGUGUUUGGCGUUUUUGGGCCCGAACGGAUCAUGUUUGGGAGCGAUUGGCCAGUGUGUAAUGUGAACGGGCCAAAAAGAGGCGAAAACGAGUCAAAGGGGGGUAAGAAUGAGCCAAAAGGGGGCGACAGUUGGGGUGUUUGGAAGGAGGUUGUGGAGAAGCUGAUGGAGGAUUUAGAGGUGGGUGAGGAGGGAAGGGAGAGGGUCUGGUGGGGGACUGGAUGUGAGGUAUAUGGCGUUGAAACAAGCUAAGUGAUAGAAGGCUUUUCGGAUUGAACUGAGAUAUAUACUCGGCGAAGUUGCGCAGUUAUUGGAGGUUCACAAAGAGACCACCGUCGACGAGGAGUUGUGCACCAGUCUGUCAAAUUGUUAGCAUUUAAGAUACCAAAAGCAUAUAGAGUUCCAACGACGCUUAAGAAUACUCAAAGC